AUGACAGCAAAAAUGAUGGCAAAUAUGAUGGCACAAAUGUUAGUAAGAAGGCUGCUGCCACACGCACGCGCAUCGCUCAACCUUGCAAGGUGCAACUGGCUUAGCAGAACAGGGCCAAUCGCCUGGACCAGGAAACAACUCUCCUCCUCGACCAAAGGGGGCAACAAUUUUGAUAAAAAAAAAACGCAAAAGGGGAAGAAAGAAAUCGGGAAGAAAGACAUCAAGUCGAUAGACCAUCCCGUGGAAGAGAAACCAUCUAACCUGCAUGAGUUCGAUGGAGGGUCAAAAGAAAUACUCUCCCAUUUAGUAACCCACAAUGGACAGAAUGAAAUGGUAGGGGAGGAGCUGCCCAAGUUAGUGCUUGCAAUUUUGCACGAAAAAUCAACUUCAGAAUCAGAAAAAAAAAAAAAAAAAAAAUUAAUUGAUCAGUACAAACAAAGUGUGUGUGAACGUUUGGAAGGGAGGACCCAGAAUAGUGCAUAUAAAAAAGACUCCCCGCUCAAUUUUGCGGACAUUUUUGCCACCCUGUAUUUGUGUUACGCGGAAAAGAUAUUCGACUUGGACUUCGUGACGAGAGUGAAUGGCGCGCUGGAAGUGCUGCUCAGUGAGGUGGGUGGCAAAAAGGAACAAAGCAGUUAUCGUGGUCAUCGCGAUGAGCGCAGUGAAAGGGAGAAAGACGGUCUCAACGAGAACACAAUCAACCACUACAUGAUGAUGUUCCACUACUUAUCCUCGUUAAAUGUGAAAAAUGUAACAUUGUGCAACCAGGUGAAAGACUAUAUCGUAAGCAACGAGGUGCCCCCACUGAUCAUCUACCAUUACCUAGAAUGCCUGAGCCUACUAGCCGACUCUACAGACAGAACAGGCAACAGUAGUCUGCGCGAUUAUGUUGUGCCCGUAGUAGAAAUCUUCUUGGAAAACUUCUACCACUUCAACAAUUACCUUGUGCUUCGCAUUUUGCAUUUCCUACAUAAGCUCAGCUUCGUUGACGCAGAACUGUUUCUCCUUCUGACAAGGAAGAUAAAUAAAAAUGUGUAUCGCGAGAAUGCCAACCGGUUUGAGCUCUGUUUGCUGGCGCGUACCUACGCCUUGUACAAAAAGGAAAACAUCACCUUUAAUAAUUACCUCUGUGAAGAUUUGUUGCGGAGCUUGACCAAGUAUGAGGACAACUUCCAGAGCGACGAGGAAGGUUCGGCCAGCAUCCCAAUUAGCAGCCAAGUGAAAGGCCAAGAUAGCCACCCAGAUAGCAGCCAAGUUAGUAGUCAAGAUGGCAGCCCCCCUGACGAUUCUUCCUCGAUGCAAAGACAACACGAGAACCCCCCCGACGUGCUCGAAAUUGAAAACGUGAAUCGGCAAAACUACCCCCUCUUUAAGCACCCCCUGUACAACGACGGGUUGAAUUUCUACGCCUUCUUCGUUGAUGCGAAGACAACCAACAGGGACAAGUGCUUUGAACGGAAAAAUAAUUUCAAUUUGACUUUUGUAAACGGUAAUAAUGCUAAUGAGAAAGAACACCAAGGGACCAGUGCACACAUGUCAGAGUGGCACAAGCUAUUUCUUUACAAUGAGUACAAAGACAAGGAUAUACAAAACGAACCAUUCGUUAAAUUGGAAGACAAGCAAAAUGGGGAUAAACAAAUGGUUCCAGCCUACAAUCAAUAUUUAGCAGAAAAUCUGCACUUCCAAUUCAGCCAUAAGAAAAUUGCUCAGCUGUUUGAACAGGUGAGCGAAUGUAUGGAUAACGUCAAAGUCGACUUCACGCCAGGUGCGGAGGCAUCCACAGAAAUGCAUGACGAAGGUAUUCACCAGUACAGGAAAAAAGUCCUGUAUGUUGAAAAUUAUUACAUUGGUCAUAUAUUUCACAUAGUAGACUCUUUGCUGUCUUUGAAGGCACACCACAAUUGUGCCACGUUCAAAAAAAUAGAAAAUAAAAUUCUGAAUGCUAUAAAAAAUAAUGAACUGUACAUAAUUGACAAUUUUGACAGUGACGAAAUUAAAAGCGUCUUAAUUUUUUUAUCGCACACGAAUAGGAAUUACAAAGAGGCAUUUAUUUACGGCCUGACACAUCGAAUGGUGGAUCUGUACAUUAAUAACUUGUGUCAGCCCAACACAUUGUCCACAUUUUUUUAUUUUCUGUUGAAUUUUACAAAACAUAGAGUUGUUAAGAAGAACAGAUUUAACCACACCAUAAGGAAUGUCAUAUAUAAUAGCUAUUCUUGGCUGAAUGACAAUAAAAGCGUGUUAAACCUGACCACGGGUAUCGAUGCGACCAACUCGGAGGAAAAAGGAAACAGUGACACACGUCGCGUUAUCAAAGCGAAAAAUUACUCCCUGCUUCAAAUUCUCUCCAUGCAUGUGUGCAAAAAUGUAUAUUUUAUGAGCCUCUCAACGCUAGCCUCCAUACUUAGAUCAAUGUCCUACUUGUUCUUCACCGAUGCCAAUUUCUUUAAUGUGUUCAUACCUUUAUUUAUGAAGCACAUGACGGAUUUGAGCAAUGUAGACAUUUUGAACAUAACUCAGGCCUACAACAAGCAAAAGAUUCAAAACAAGUAUUUCUACUACUUGCUGGCAAAGCAGUACCAGCGCAAUCGUUUGGAGGAAACAAAAGGUGCCGACCCGAAAAUUAAGCUAGUUGGCUAG